AUUUCGGCUGAAACUUACUUCGAAAGAAUGUGAACUACAAUUCUACAGUGGAAGCCGCUGCACAGAAUCUUAUUACUGUGCUCACUCAGAAUCUUUCUCAGGGACAGCACCAGGCAGCACAGGGAGUAAGGCAGGAACAGGGACCUCCCUCUGUAGAUCAAGAGAUGGCAAGAUCUUUCCCUGGUUUCUUUGGAAAAAAAAGUUUUCUUGGAAAACGAAAGAUGCAUAAUCCAAGGAUCCCUGUGACACCACCUUUUAAAGCAUGGAAGCCUUUCAGUUUCUAUGUAUACUUGCUGAACUGUAAUGCAGUAACAACACCUACCUCCUCUGAGGAAUUUCAGCUUGCACAGGCAGGACUGGGUAAAAGACAUCUCACAAUGUCCAGGGACAUGAACCAUGAAGAGUUAUUUGGACUUCUUCAAAGUGAAUAUCCUAAAAUGCAGGGUCUGACUGGAGGAUGGUUGCUCUACAAGGCUACAGGUGGUCAGGGUAAAAGGAAACUGACACUGGUCCCUCCUGAUUCUGAAGGUUACACAGGGACCCUAAUACGCAGUAUGACAGGAAAUGGGAAAAACUUGCUGUAUAUAGUACCUUUACAGCAAGAAUUUGACCUUACUCCGUUACCUCCUGAUGCAGUUGAAUUUAAAAAUAUGCCCAAAGCACAAUGCCAAACAUGCAAAGUAAGUCUGCCAUUGCAUAUUUUGGCUCUUCAUGUGCAGGAGUGCACAGAGUCUGGGUCUUCAGCUGAAGACACAGAGGCAUGUCAAACCGAGGUCCAAAUAGUGUCCGUGCAGCCUUCUGAAGAGCACACCGACACAGAGGAAUUGGAUGAAGAAAAACUUCAGUGUCCUAUCUGUAACUUGAAAUUUGCACCUUAUUUCCUUGAAAUCCAUGCAAGCACAUGCGGAGAAAGAAGCAAAAAUGUAAUAGACGUGGAUGAAAUUGAGGAGAACAUAGUAGAAGAGGACCAUAUGAAAAGGUAAAAAACAUCACACACACAGAUGACUAUUAAUACUCUGAACUGAAUAAAGAGUGUUUAUUCUUUCAUUUAUUGAUUUUUU